AUGGCAAGUUAUCUUUCGUAUUUUGACAUAUUCGAUAAGACAAAGGAUAAAGAACUCGUCAUUUCUGAUAAGUUUAGCUUCAUUCUUUCAGAUAUUGUCUCUGUUUUUACCGCUUUUCUUCUUCUUGCAAAUAUUAUUAUCAUAUUAUCUCCAAAAAUUCAUAGAGAUUUAGCCCCUUUGCAAAGUAUAAGAUCAGGUGAUUCAUUGGUCAACAUUUCACUAGGUAUUCUCGUUGAUUUACCUUGUUAUUAUUUGCAUUUCGACUUAACAGACAGUUUAGGCUUUACCCAGAACUACGUAAAUAAUACUCUUAGAUUUUACAGGUAUGAUUUCAACUACUCUCUUAUUGGUUUGACCAAUCAAACAAUGGUAGAUAAAUGUUAUCCUUGUUUCAAAGUCCAGUUUCAUAAUUACACAUGCUGCAAUGGAUGUGAUAGAUUAAAAGAAAAUUACAAGUUGAAUAAUUUAACACCAGAACCAGAAAAAUGGCCGCAAUGUCAAACAAACGCUCGACCAGACAUAAAUUCAUCCGAAAAAUGCCUAGUUAAAGGCAAAGUAUCAGUUAACAGAGUACGUGGUUCUUUCCAUAUUGCUGCUGGAAGAAAUAUUUACUUAAAUGAUGGAUCUCAUAUUCAUGAACUCUUAGAUGACUUCCCGAACCUUGCUUUCAGUCAUGCUAUUGAACAUAUACGUUUUGGCCCAAGAAUAAUUACUGCAAAGCAACCUUUGCAAAAUUUAGUUAUGAGAGCUAAAGAAAACUUAACAGUUACUCACGAUUACUCACUAUUAGUUACUCCAGUCAUAUUUGUUGCUGAUAAUCAAUUUAUCGAGAAAAGUUUCGAAUAUACAGUUUAUUUGCAUCCAGUUCAAGACAAAGAUCCUGGUAUCUACUUUGACUAUCAGUUUACCCCAUAUACCAUUCAAAUUACAUGGAUUUCAAGAAGUUUCAGAGGAUUUUUGAUUUCAACUGCUGGAUUUACUGCCGGAUUGUAUGCAAUUGCAUCAAUUAUUGAUCAGCUCUUCCACUCUUUCUUCCCUCCAAAGGCAAAUACAACAAAAUAG